GCAAUAUCGUCUUUUUCCGAUCGUGGUCGUUUCUUACAAGUUUCUUCGUUCGUUCUCUAGAAACGCAGAAAUGGAGACUCAGUAUCCGAAACUAAUCGAACCAUCCAAGACCCGAAUUGGAUGGAUUGGGAUCGGGAUAAUGGGAUCAGCGAUGGUUUCUCAUAUCCUCGCCGCAGGCUAUUCAGUCACCGUUUAUGCUCGCGAUCUUCGUAAAACAAAGGAUCUGCAAACCAAAGGAGGUCGUACCGCCAAUAGCCCCAAAGAGUUAGGGGAGAUGAGCGACGUUGUGUUCACGAUCGUUGGAAACUCUAACGAUGUUAGAUCGUUGCUUCUUGGGGAUGAUGGUGUACUCUCUGGUCUUAAACCCGGUGGAGUAACAGUGGACAUGACUAGUAGCAAGCCAGGAUUGGCGCGUGAGAUAUACGCGGAGGCGAGGCGGAGGGAUUGCUGGGCGGUGGAUGCGCCUGUAUCGGGUGGAGACGCUGGAGCACGUGAGGGGAAGCUAACGAUAUUCGCCGGCGGAGAUUCCGAGAUUGUGGAGUGGUUGGCUCCGGUGAUGAAAACGAUGGGAAUUGUGAGGUUUAUGGGAGGAGCUGGGAGUGGACAGAGCUGUAAAAUUGGGAAUCAGAUUUGUGUUGGAAGCAACAUGAUUGGAUUAGCUGAAGGGAUUGUGUUUGCUGAGAAGGCGGGUUUAGAUCCGGUGAAAUGGCUUGAGGCGGUUAAGGACGGUGCAGCUGGAUCGGCGGUUAUGCGGCUUUUCGGGGAGAUGAUGGCGGUGAGGGACUAUAAGGCGACGGGGUUUGCGGAGUAUAUGGUGAAAGAUUUGGGAAUGGCGGCGGAGGCGGCAAUGGCGAUGCCUGGAACUGCUUUGAACAAGCAGUUGUUCACUGUAAUGGUGGCAAAUGGAGAUGGGAAGUUAGGAUUUCAAGGCGUCGUCGAUGUUAUUAGGAGACUUAACGGCUUAUCCUGAUAAAACUAGUGUUAACUAGGCAAGCUUGUUUUCCAUUUGGUUAGAAGUUGCUAAUAAGAACAUGGAGUCUCACCAAUCUCGAGAACUAUAGUUACAAGAGUGUGUAACAUUAGUUUCCAAUUGGAUUAUCAACUUCUACCUCCUAUAACUAUUUCUCUGUUACCCACUUAGCCUAUAAUCUUAAACACGACCAUCAAAGGUCUUACAUUAUACAAGUCACCAAAGUCUCUUCAACUGAAACGUUGGAGCAGCUAUAUUCAAACCUUUCUUCCUCGGAUCCCUUCGCUCUACACCUCGUCCAUGUCCAUGUCUUAUACGUAGUGAGCACUAACCUGCAGCCCAGAGACAAUACGUAGAAUGGAAUGAAUGAGUAUACAUUGGAGGCAAUAGAAUAGCCAUCUAUGGAAUGACAAUGCAAGGAACAAACUGAACUAAAGCAUAUGGUCUAAGGUCAUCGAAAAAACUGCAAUUACAGCCUCAUGUCAGGUUACUCUAUCUCAAGAUUGUAUCACUAAAACCUCUUGAUAGUUUAAGGAUUGAUUGAUUUGUCC